AUGACUGGUAAUGGUGUUGUGGAGAGGAGGAUGGAAAAAACUGUUAGGAAACUAAUUGGGGACAAAGUUGAUUGUCCGUUUUCUGUGGAACCGAGAACUGGACGUGUGCAGGCUGGAGGAGCAAUGGAAUUUUGUGUUGCGUUUCAGUCUCAAACUGUUGGCGACUUCUGUAAACUGUUGACUGUUAAUUAUGAAACAGGUGAAAGUGUCCAUAUAAAAUUACACGGAACAGCAGGUGAAGCUAAUGUAUAUUUGGAAAAAAACCAGAUUGUAAUUGGAGAUACUUUUAUGGGCUUAAAAAGAGAAAGUUCAUUUUUAAUUUUCAACAAAACUAAACAUAUAGUUAAUUUCAGAUGGAAACGGUUACCAGAUCCUGCACAUGACAAUGUAGAAAUUGAAAGGUUGAAGGAAAGUUUUGAGAUGGUAAAGGAUCUAGAAAUGAAGAAGAAUGUGCCCAUAAAGCAAUUGUGUCAUGUAGAAAGGAACCAACAUGAAAUUGUAUGUGAUAGAAUAUACAGUGAUGAAAUAGAAGCUCUGAAGCAACAGGAGCUUGACUUCAAAGACAGAAAUUUUAUUUUGUUGCCAGGGUUUGGAGAAAUAUGGCCUGACAACUGGAUUGAAAUAACAGUAAUUUUUAUGCCAGAUAAAGCACAAAAUUUCUGUGUUAAAGCGUAUUGUGAUAUACUAGGAGCAGAGCAUCGCAUACCUUUGACAAUAACAGGUGUGGGCCAAGGUCCACUAUUGAGAUUGAAUGUUAGAAGUCUGGAUGCUGGGUAUAUUGUUGCUCAAGCAGUCCACUCCUAUGAGAUUGUUGUUACAAACUCUGGUGAUAUACCUGGAACGGUUAAAUUUAUGCCAUCAUGUUUAUCUUUUGGAGGAAAAAUCUGUUGUGAUCCUAAGAAGCUUCAUCUUAAUCCAGAUGAUUACAAAACAUUUCUCAUCACUUUUAAUAGUAAUACAGUGGGUAAUUUUGAAGAAAAUGUAAAAUUCCUUAUUGAAGAAUCACAUGAAGUUUUGCAGUUUAUGCUCAAGUAA